CUGUAUAAAUCGGGAGCUCCAAGGGGCUUGUGGCAUACCACUUCUAUCAUCGUAAAAGUUGCUGUGACUGACUCUUCAACCGAAGUAACCGAGUGUCUCCAAGCUUACCAUGGCCGGAUUUCUGCUCCUCUCCAUCCUGGCGGUUUUGUCUACCGUCCACGCGGCACCCACCUGUACGUGUGAAGAGAAGGCUUCUUCCACUCAGCAGUACACUGUCCAAAACAAUGAAGUGAUUGAUGUAGACCGGGAGAAUCAGAUCGUUCUGUUCCACGUGCCUCAGCACAACAUCUGGUCAGACAACCAGAUCAUGCUGGACUACAACACGGGACUGAUGAUGACCCUUUACACCGAGCUGAACGCCUGCUUCCUGUCCACCAUGCCUGACAACAUCCCGGCCAUUGACAAGUUGGAAGAAGGGUUGAGUGAUAUGGUGAACCCACAGACAAGAAGCACCAUCCUUAAGAAGAGGAAGGAAGAGACCUACCAACGUGCCGCCCCACAGCCCGUAAGGGACCGGUCCAUGUUGGGGGAUCAGAUGGCCCAGAUGUGUGCAAAGUUUCCUGUCUACAACACAGAGGUGGCUCCCGAGGCGUCCAUCGAACAGGUUUCAGGUACCAAAACCCCUCGUAGCUGGGGAUCCCCUGCACGCUUUAGUUGUCACCCGAUGAAUUUCAUGUACCGAUGUGAGUUGAGGAGCCCAUGCACAUGCAUCAACGUAUAUCACUGCGGGAGGACCGACAGCCCGUAUGAAGUACCAACUGCCGCCCAGUGCAACGUGACCCAUGACUUCACCGCCACCGCCUGGCAGUGCGUGCCUUAUUGUCCUGGUCUUGUCGAACCGGGUUUCAUUUGGUGAUUAUGUUUAUUUUGAAAAAAAAAUAAGAAAAAAACUGGGUAUUCUACAAAUGGGAAUAUGUAGUUGCUUUAAUGUAGUCGUCAAUGAUAUACAAUUAAGAAAAACUUUGAGUAGAAAAAGGAAACUACAUUAUAUGUAAGGCUCAGUAGAUAUGAUAAAUCGUUAUUACAAUGUUAUUUAAUGUUCGACUUUAAUUUUACCAUCCUUGCUUUACUUUACAAGCCGAAAACACUCCUGUCCUGACUAAAGAGACAUGGACCCUCAUAACCCAAACAAUUGAUUCGGGCACCUCAACUACCAUGAACAUUAAUAACAAAAUAGUAAAGUAUUAUUCUACUUGUCAGCAGAAUCCUCCUAAAUCAAUGGGGCCAAAGAUAUAACCCCUUUAACCUAACUCUCGUUGCUCUUAUCUUACCACAGAGUACAAAAGUCACAGUGGCUAUGUGUAGCAGAGUAUUUCACACAAACACACAUACACACAUUGGCAGGAUACUUCGCAAGCGUUAAUGUCCUAAAAUGUUAUAUAAAGUAUAUAUAAUAAGAGGACAAAAUAUUGUAUCGAUAUUUUGGGAACGUAGGACACUUCUGUGCAUUGGUCUCUAACAUGUAACAAACAAAAGGUCUUAUAUCAGGACAGAUGUCCGGAUAAAUACCAGCAAUUUGACCUGGUAAUCAAAUCAUUUUCUCGGACCUAGUACUUUGUCAGACCCAGUGUGUGUUCAAAAUUCGUGGUAUACAAAUACGAAUCUUUCUAAGAUAUAACACGAAAGCUUUCUUCAAAAUCCGGCGAAAUAUCCAUGCUGUUUAGGUAAACUUAAUUUGGUAUUUCAAAACAAAUUUGCUAUUGGGCAGUCGAGGACAAUGUGGCACUGCACUCAAGUUAGUAA